AUGCCUCCACUCGACGGCUUCUCAAACAACCCGUUCAAGACCCAUGCCGAUUUCAAGACCGCAUCCAUAGCACUCCUUCGCGCAUUGAAGCCAUAUCAAUCACCUCAUGGCGCCAGGAUCAAACUCCCGUUGUCAACUGGCACCCAUUUCGACGAUGUCGCCGCUCAGCUCGAAGGAUACGCCCGGCCGCUAUGGGCAGUCGGUGCGCUGAUGCACUCCAAUGUCGUAUCCAAAGACGAGUACGGAGAGCUUAUCAAACCUUACGCAUUAGGCCUGGCCAACGGUACUAACCCACAUCACGAAGAGUACUGGGGUCCCGUCGUACUACGCGAUCAAAGGAUGGUGGAAAUGGAGAUCAUCUCGUUCGCGCUACUAUCAGCUCCAGAGACAAUGUUCCAUUCGCAGACCAAAGAAGCGAAGAGGAACAUCAUGGAGUGGCUAGGAACUAUCAAUGGCAAAGACUUCCCCACGACGAAUUGGCUGUGGUUCCGCGUCAUGACUAACCUAGCGUUGAUCAAAGUAUGUGGCGUGCCCAAAGAGCAUGUUCUCGAUGCGAUGAAAGCAGAUUUGGAUCUUAUGGAGCAAUUCUAUCGAGGGGAUGGCUGGGCAGCAGAUGGUAUCUGGAGUGACGAGGGACGACAGGCAGAUUACUAUUCCGGCAGCUUUGCGAUACAGUUCUCGCAGCUUAUCUAUGCGGAGAUGGCACGAGAUCUGGAUCCAGAGAGGUGCGAAAGGUUUCGGGGUAGAGCGAAGGCAUUUGCAGUGUCGUUCUGGCAGUACUUUGACACGAACGGUGCCGCUAUACCCUUCGGCCGCAGUCUGACAUACCGUUUCGCGUUCGCCGGAUUCUGGUGCGCUGCUGCUUUCGCAGAGGUCGAACUCCCGGAACCACUCAACGACUGGGGCGUGAUCAAAGGUCUGUUACUCCGGCAUUUCCGCUGGUGGAGCAAGAAAGACGACAUGUUCAACAUCGACGGCACCUUAACAAUCGGCUUUACCUAUCCCAAUAUGUACAUGAGCGAGGACUACAACAGCCCACAGUCUCCUUACUGGGCCAUGAAGUCUUUCCUAGCGCUAGGACUGCGGGAAGACCACCCGUUCUGGACUGCAGAAGAGAAGCCUUUACCCAGUGCAGAGUUGGCAGUUAUGCCAGUCAAACCGGCUAUGCACAUCCUCUGCAACCAGCCAAACCACCACUUCCUCCUAUCCAUGGGCCAAUUCUGUCCUUGGCCCCUCAAAGCCACAGAAGCCAAGUACGGAAAGUACGCUUACUCCUCGCACUUUGGCUUCAGCGUGCCUACUGGUACUUUGAUACAGCAAAUCGCACCAGACAGUACACUCGCAGUGAGUAAAGACGGCGGCGAGACAUGGCGGACGAAUGUAUAG